UAAAAACAAAGGGAGCCGGGUAUGGGGGAGGGGCUAUCAAACCGGAAGUGUGGCGUUUUACUUCCUGAACUUUCCAGGAGGCCAUGGAGGCCUACGAGCAGGUCCAAAAGGGACCCCUGAAGCUGAAAGGCGUCGCAGAGCUUGGAGUGACUAAGCGGAAGAAGAAAAAGAAAGACAAAGACAAGGCGAAACUCCUGGAAGCGAUGGGAACGAGCAAAAAGAACGAGGAGGAGAAGCGGCGCGGACUGGACAAGCGGACACCGGCCCAAGCGGCAUUCGAGAAGAUGCAGGAGAAGCGGCAAAUGGAAAGGAUCCUGAAGAAAGCAUCCAAAACCCACAAGCAGAGAGUAGAGGACUUCAACAGACACCUGGACACGCUCACAGAGCACUAUGACAUUCCCAAAGUCAGCUGGACCAAGUAGCAGGCCCACCAUGGGUACCGAGUGGCAUCGAGGAGGAGCAGAAGGCAAUGUUGCGGCUCUGUUUGGGGCCUUUGGUAUUUUCUAGAAACAUUCUGUGCACACAUCCUUGCGUCUUCUGCUGAGACAGUGCUUUGCAAAGCUGUGUGUCCUCAUUCCGGAACUUGAUUAAAGUAAGACUGUCCUUUU